CCUGGACUCAACAUCUUUUAUUUCGCUUCUUGGAAGCCAAUGACGCUAGAGUUCUUGGAGUUUGUAUGAAGACGGGCAGAAACUCGUGGUGCAAGCACUGAAGUAUACUGGACAUUGGAAAAGCGACGGAACCCACAAGGAGACGGUCAUCUCGCUCGUGGGUGGAUAAUAAACAUUGCAGAACACGGAGGCCAACGUGGGUGCGCACGUCAGGCAGCUGAAAAAAGCGCACAUUUAUAUGUAUGUAUGCGAGAUCGUGCACAUACUGCCAUCUCGCUCUAACCAACGAAGUUCUUGCGGGCCAGCAACUAGAGGCUUGAGUGCGCAGUUGGCUGAUGAAAUCGAGUGAAAAUUUCUGGAUUGUGGUUUGUUUGAAUCAAGAAUACCGUCUAAGCGAGAAGUAUUGCGAGUGGUUAUGUCUGUGUUUGACCCAUUUGGAAUUCUAGCCGAAUAUUCCCUGAUCGCUAAACUGCUUCUGCAGUCAAUAUGGCAAAAGCGAACAGAGUGGGACCAGCCAAUUGAGGGCGACGAUAUAAAGCAAUGGAAAUGUUGGUUGCGCAGCCUAAGCCAAGCAUGCAAGAUAAGGAUACCCCGAUGUUACGCUGAAGAGUUCUUUGGGGAACCAAUUGAACUACACAUAUUUUGCGAUGCGAGUGAGUCAGCUUAUGCAGCAGUUGGAUACUGGCGCAUACGUACGAAAUCUGGAUGGAAGUCCGCAUUUAUAAUGGGAAAGACCAAGUGUGCCCCAAUGAAACUAUCGACCAUACCCAGGCUCGAGCUACAGGCGGCAGUGCUAGGAACUCGUCUCAGGAAAUGUAUUCUUGAGGGUCACGACGUCAACCCCAAAUGUGUCCACAUGUGGUCCGACUCCAAGACUGUCUUAGCAUGGAUUAAAUCAGAUCACAGAAAAUAUAAGCCAUAUGUAGGACACAGAAUUGACGAGAUACUUGAAGCCACAAGGUUGGAAGAUUGGCAUUGGGUGCCUACUAAGGAUAACCCGGCAGACUUUGGCACCAAACUCAGAUCUGGAACUCGAGAAACCUCCUGGUUGAGAGGCCCUCAAUUCCUUCAAGAGGACGCAAGUCAAUGGAAUCUAGGAACUUCAGACGUUGGUGACACGGAACUGGAACUAAGAAGCAAGUUUACGUUAUCAAUCAAUGAGAUGUCUUCAGAUGGAUCUGUCAAUAUCGUAUUCAGGGAGUUGCUGGAAAGGUUCUCUUCAUUUACAAGGCUGAUGCGAGUUGUCGCUUGGGUCUACAGGAUGUGUGAUCGUAAGAUCAAACGAAAAGUCUACCUUGAUGUAGCUGAAAUUGAAGAAGCUGUACUCAUAGUGAUCCGCAAUGUACAGGAUGUUGCAUUUCAUGAUGAGCGGGUGGCGCUAUUGACUGGACAGUCCAUCGAAAAGAACAGCAGGCUGUGGAAGUUGUCUCCGAUCAUAGACGGAAGAGGAGUGAUCCGCAUGAAUGGGCGUAUUAAUAACGCAUGUUCGGUUGGAGAAGAAACCAGGCGUCCAAUAUUAAUGCCCCAAGGGCAUCACGUUACAAAAUUGAUCGUGCGACAUUAUCACGAGCUAUGGAAACACCAGAAUGAAAACACAAUUAUAGCAGAAAUACGCAGAAAGUACUACAUACCACACUGCCGACAGGAGGUUCGCCGUGCAGCUAGAAAUUGUAUGACUUGUAAAAUCCAGAGAGCUUCACCAAAAAUGCCAUUAAUGGGACAACUUCCUAAGGACAGACUCUCUCCGUCCAUUCUCAUAUGUUGGAAUCGACUAUAUGGGACCGUUUCUGGUUGUAAGAGGAAGGAGUACCGAUAAACGCUGGAUAGGCAUAUUUACAUGCCUUACAAUAAGAGCAAUUCAUUUGGAAAUUGCCAGGGACCUGACAACAGAUACGUGUCUUCGAGUAUUGCAUAACUUCAUGGCGCGGCGCGGAAGGCCAGUAAGAAUCCGAUCUGACAAUGGUACCAAUUUGGUGGGAGCUGAGCGUGAAUUGAAAAGAGAAUUACAGGACCUCGAUCACAUUAGAAUAGCGAACGAGUUGUCAACCAAGCAGAUCGAAUGGCUGUUUAAUUGCCCGCUAAACCCCCAUGCAGGUGGGUGCUGGGAAAGAUUGGUACGCAGUGUGAAGAGGGCCAUAGGACACGCGCUGCAUGACAAAAACCUGAAAGAAGACAUACUGUAUAGCCUAAUGUGUAACGCUGAAAACAUAGUAAAUUCCAGACCGCUUACACACAUUGCUCUGGAUAACCCCACAGACGAUCCGAUAACCCCUAAUCACUUUCUUUUAGGUUCUCCCAAUUCUAGCCAGACACCACAUCCACAAGAGGAGAAGUACCAGCCAACUCGAAAGGAAUGGCGCAUCGCUCAGCAGAUCUCACACUCAUUUUGGAACAAGUGGCUCAAUGAGUACCUACCAGACCUAUGCAGACGGACAAAGUGGCAUCACCCAAUGCCACCACUCGCUGAAAUGGACAUUGUUCUUAUCUGUGAUAAGAAUCUUCAUCGAUCUCAAUGGAAAAAGGGAGUUAUUCUAGCAGUCACGCCUGAACGCGACGGACAGGUUCGCUCAGCCACAGUAAAGACGACGGCUGGAGUUCUACACCGCCCAACCUGUAUGCUGGCAAAGCUAGACAUAUUGUGAAUCACGAGCGUGCUUGAUUCACGGUGGUGGGGAUGUUGUCGAGAAAAAUUAGCUUAAAUAUACUUAGUUUUAAGCAAGGGCACAGAUACCCUACAUAAAGAAAAAAGAGAGAAGAAAAAUGGCCACACUAUGAAAAGACAAGAAGGUCACAUUAGUUUGAGCAGUCGAAGAAAGAGAGGGGAGAAAAGACGAAGCGAAAUAAAACGCAACCAACGCCUAAGUACCUAUGAAGAUAA